CCAAGCAAAAAAGCAUUUGCAUGUCUUCUAACGUGCUCUCUCUCCUUUCUCAUGGAUGGAAUGUAUCCCUGCAGACGAGACUCCUCUUACUAUUCCCAAAUGUCCUGAUGUAACUUGCCCCGUUAUUCCCUCAUGUCCCCCAUGUCCUAAUCUUACCCUUCCCACAAUUCCUGCUCCUACUACCUGUCCUCCGAGUCCCCCUGCUACGACCUGUCCUCCGUGUACCACUCCUACCGUUGCCCUUCUUCUUCCUGCUGACCCUUCUCCUACCAAUUGGGAACCUGUCACCUGUGGGAGCCCCACCGGUCAACCGUCGUGUUCUUCCCGCAACGUCACAUGCUCGUGCCUGCUCACCAUGGCUGCUAACCCGAAAGGCGGAUUCCAAGCUGCCAUUGAUGAAGGCCUUGCCGUGGGCCGCAGCAUCGUUAUCAGAGGGCGAGCCAAGACCAACGUCACCAAGCUCUUAUUCAACCUGAACGUGCACAAGGAUGGCGACGGCGAGGACGACGGCGACGACGGCGACGAUGGCGGCGGCGACAGCCGCAACAAAAUCACGACGGGGCUACACCUGAAAUUUGACUUGGCAAAACAAAUGGUCUUGCUCAACUCCAAAGUGGCCGGCACUUGGGGCAACAAGCAGACCAAGAACUUACCCCAACACCGCCCUUUUGGUCCCGGACAUGCCUUCAAGAUUGUCAUCAAGUGUGAGGUUUACGCUUUCAACAUAACCUUCAACGACGACCUCCAGCUGGACCUCAAAUAUGCUGUUAGCGACCUGCAAAGCAUCAACUGGCUGGAGGGGUGGCAGGUGAUGCUGACCAGCGUCCAGCUGGUGUGACGGCGCUUCCUGUCGGGGCGUCAUCGUGCCAACAGCAAUGAUCUCAAAAGCAUUUCUUUCAGUCCACCUUCUGAUAUCCAAUGUUUAGGCUAGCCAUGCAAUGAUAAGAAGCGGCGUCGGCACAGUCAGAGGCGCAGUGAAACACACGGGAGUCGCAAUUUGUCCCAUAUAGUACGUACUUUGUAUUGAUGAAUCAAAUCAUUAUUUUACUGGAGUUACUUGGAAGAAAGUGCUUGCUUUACUUUACACAUGCUUGGGCCUGGAGAGGUUUGUUCUUCUGGUUUCAAUGUUACACCUAUGUUCAAUAAAAGGUUUUCUAUUUCUCUGAUUUGCAAAUUGUGUUUGGGUUAGGGUUAGUUGCAGUACCCUCUCGUGGCAAUAUAUAUAUGAAGUGCUUGAAGUAUACCUUUCGUAAUUGUCAUGCUUGUUUUUAGGAAACAUUUUUGUCAUUUUCAGACGCCCGGAAAUUUCACAUGAUUGGU